GUCGAUGCAGGAGCAGAUUUUAUAAUAACACAAUUUUUUUUUGAAGCUCAUGUAUUCAUUAAUUUUGUAAAUGACUGUAGGAAAAUUGGAAUCAGUGUUUUGAUUAUCCCAGGCAUAUUUCCAAUAUUCAGUUAUUCGUGUCUUGAAAAAUUGACCCAACAUUGUAAUGUUAAAGUACCUCAAAUUAUUUUGAAUGCUUUGCAUUCCAUAGAAGAUAAUGAAGAUCAAGUACGAGAUUAUGGAUUGGAAUUGUCUAUAGGUAUUAUAAAAACAAUUGUUGCAAGCAGAACUACUCGUGGGUUUCAUUUCUUUACGUUAAAUAAACCAUCGUUGUCAUCCGAAGUUUGUAACAAGCUUGGUAUUUUUAACACACUACUAUUUAAUGACGAGAGAAUUUCCACCGAUGAAUAAGCCAUUGAAUUAAAAAAAUUUGAGA